UGGAAACAUAAGUGUAGGCUAAUAGUUCAUUGAGUCAAUUCUUAUCUCUCCAAGCUUCUUAUUUUUGUUCGAAAAGAUCUCCUCUCAAAAGCUAUUAAAAAGAUAUAAACAAGAGCGCCAAGUUCUCUGCAUAGCAAUGGCUUCCAUUCCUACCCCAUCACAUUCUAUUCAAACCACUAAUACAUCAAGAACCAACUUCCCUUGUCUACCAAUAAAUAAACCAAUUCACAAGAAGUUACAUAUUUGCUUGAAUAAAUCUUCUCUUAGAGUAGAGUCUUGUAGCACUCCAAAUUAUAAUGACGUUGUGGUGGAUGAAGAAAUGGAUAAGAUUAGACGGCUACAAAACGGAUCCGACGUUCGUGGGGUUGCUUUGCAAGGUGAAAAAGGUCGAAGUGUGGAUCUUACUCCGCCUGCUGUUGAGGCAAUAGCAGAAAGUUUUGGUGAAUGGGUGAUUAGUGGAUUGGAGAAGGAGAAAGAUGUUAGGGUUUCUCUUGGAAAAGACCCUCGAAUUUCGGGUAAUAUGUUGAGUGUGGCUGUAUUUGCAGGGCUUUCUAGGGCAGGUUGCGUGGUGUUUGACAUGGGACUUGCAACAACACCAGCUUGUUUCAUGAGCACUAUUCUUCCUCCAUUUGAAUAUGAUGCCUCAAUAAUGAUGACUGCAUCUCACUUACCCUACACUCGAAACGGUCUUAAAUUCUUCACGAAAAAGGGAGGUUUAACGUCACCAGAAGUGGAGGAAAUAUGCGAUAAAGCAGCUCGAAAAUACGCAAACAGGUUUGCUAAAGUAUCAACGACACUGCCAAUAACGCCGACAAUGGUGGAUUUUAUGAGCGCUUACGCGGAGCAUCUCCGAGAUAUUAUAAAGGACAGAGUGAACCACCCUUUCCAUUAUGCCACUCCUCUCACAGGAUUUCAGGAUUCGGAGGCUCGCUCUGCCUGGGGAGAUAAAGAGCUAGGAGAGCUUCGGGCCGCUUUGGAGACGGUGCUCUGGGAGAAGGCCAAUCAUGCUGUUCAGGUCAAGCAGAGUGGCUCACGGAUUAAUCAGUUGAAUACGGAGAUCUCCGGGGUGAGAGAGCGAAACAAAAUAGUGGCCGGGGAAUUGGUGACAUAUCGGGAUCUUCUCACGGAUACUCGUAGGGAGAUUGCCGCUUUGACCGCGGCUAAGUCCGAGGACGAACGACAUGCCGCUACUUAUCGGGAGGAUGCGACCACAUCGCAUAUAAUGGCUCGAGACAUAUCCAUGGCAGUUGAGCAAAAACUAAUCCGAGCUAUCGAGCAUGCCAGAGCGGAGGAGAAGAGAGAGACCCUGGAGGAACUCGGGGCUAGAGGCAUCGACCUGUCGGAUGAUCUUAAAGAGGCCCGUGCAGUGGAGGAAAGAUUGGAGCUUUUGAUUUCCCUCGAUAAGGGCGAAGACAAUAGUGACGAGGAGUAGUCUCCGAGUCCCCCUUUUGCUUUGUAUGCUGCCCCCUGGGAAAUGGACAGUGUAAAUGUGUUUUUUUUUUGUCAAUGUAUAAAAGGAGA